AGGUUUGUGGACAUCUCGCCGUUUGUUUACAAGCGACUGACUAACGUCUGUGAAUUGCCCUGUCUACAGUGAGCUAACUGAAUAAUUAAACUUCACACGUCGGUUGUAAAGAUGGGAUGUGAUGGCGGCACGAUUCCUAAAAGGCACGAGUUAGUAAAAGGCCCCAAAAAAGUAGAGAAGGUCGAUCGAAAUGCAGAGCUGGCGGCCAAAUGGAAGCACUGUGCCCUGAGUCAGGAAAAACUCAGGCAGCCUAUCGUUUCUUGUGACUUGGGGAGGCUCUACAACAAAGAUGCCGUCAUAGAAUAUCUUCUGGAUAAGACUGCAGAAAGACCCAACACUGAGGCUGUUACACAUAUCCGUGGGCUAAAGGACAUAAAGGAGCUGAACUUGACUGAUAAUCCGGAGUGGGAGGGAGAAGGAAGAAAUGCUAAAGGAGACCAAUAUGAGGACAUUCACCGCAGCAUGUUUAUUUGCCCUGUUGUUGGGUUGGAGAUGAAUGGCAAGCACAGGUUUUGUUACCUGCAUGCCUGUGGCUGUGUUUUCUCUGACCGUGCCCUAAAGGAAGUCAAGGCAGAAAUCUGCCACAAGUGUGGCGAACCAUUUAAAGAGGAGGACGUCAUCGUGCUCAAUGGCACCAAGGAGGAGGCGGAGCAGCUGAAGAAGAAGAUGGAAGAAAGACGAGCCAAAGUCAAAACAAAGAAAUCCAAGAAGAGCAAAGGGGCUGGAACAGUGUCCACACCAUCAGAUGUGGUGGGGCCCUCUGGAUCCUCUGGAUCCUCCAGCUCAUCUGAGGGUACAAAGUCUUUGACAGCCGCUGCCACCAAGAGAUCCGUCCAGGUCAUGGAGGGGAAGUCUGAGGUCUUCAAAUCCUUGUUCACAUCCCACAGCUCUGCCAAACGCACUAAAGAUCAGACAUCCAACUGGGUUACCCACACCCCAUAUCAUUUCUAGUUACUUUAACUAACACUUGGCCCAGUGACUACUGUUUUUACAUCUCUUAUGGCGUGUUUCCACCAAGUGGAACGGUUCAGUACGUUUCUGGAUGUCUUGCUUUAGUUUCCGUUCGGUACCAAACCGAACUGUACCAUGGUGGAAACACCUCUCUCUCUGUCUCUCACUCUCUCUCUCUCACUCUUUCCCUCCCCCUCUCUCCCUCACACACACACACACACACACACACACAGACACACACCCCUAUGACCUUUAAUAAUGUCACCAAUGUGUGAACUCUUUCCCAACGUCUUCAGUCCCCAGUAGCUCAGUGUUUACAUGUUGUGUGCAUUUUGUUAAUGGCUCCCAAAGCUGUUCAGACUCUUUGUUUGCUAACCUAAUUCCUCCCCCAUGUAUUCCCCAGCAUGAGUGUGUCUCAGCGGCUUUGAGAAUGGAUGCUAGGGAGACUUUAUUGUCACUGUCACUCUGCUGCCUCCUGGUGGACAGUCUGUACAAAGGCUAGAUUUGACUCUUAAUCACAAUCUCUUUAUUUCUAGAAUACAUUUAUAAAGUUUAACCAUCAUUUAAUCAUCAA